GUGUGUGUAUGUGUGUGUGAGAGAGAGAGAGAGAGUGAUAUUGUCGCGGCUCGGAGCGUGUGUUCUUCCCUUUCACCAGCUAAACUGAAAUGGAAACAGAAUGGGAAAAUGUUAGACGCUGAACGUCAGUGACAUCAAGGAAAGGAUAAAGACAUUAAGUGCAUAAUUGGCCACAACUGUAAUUAUUGGUGCUUUGAAUGUAUAAGGCUCGCUCUUGUUAUACUCGUGCGCGCUUAUUCCAUCUUGACAGUACACCGUAGUGGUUCCACUGGGUUCAACUUUCACAUCUGGCUCAAUUUCUGUGCUGAUAAUUGCUUCAAUUAGGCUACACCCUGCAUUCCAGGUGUAGGCUACAUGCAGCUAUGAGGAAUAGAGACUACAUUUUUCAAUGUCUGUUCAUCUGCCUCUCGUUGACGGUCGUCUGGCAAACGAGGCCAGUCAUUGCUGAUCCUACAACAGAUGCCUUCAAGAACAACAUCACUCUCUUCACACGGAUCCUCGACAGACUUCUAGAUGGCUAUGAUAAUCGCCUUCGACCCGGCCUUGGGGAUCGUGUAACAGAGGUGAAUACCAAUGUCUACGUCACCAGCUUUGGCCCAGUUUCAGAUACAGACAUGGAAUACACGAUAGACGUGUUCUUCCGGCAAAGCUGGAAAGACGAGAGGUUGAAAUUCGACGGGCCCAUGGACAUACUGCGGCUGAACAACUUGAUGGCCAGUAAAAUAUGGACUCCGGACACGUUCUUCCAUAACGGGAAGAAGUCGGUGGCUCACAACAUGACCAUGCCCAAUAAACUACUGAGGAUUCAAGACGAUGGCACCCUACUUUACACCAUGAGGUUGACGGUUCAUGCAGAGUGUCCUAUGCAUCUGGAAGAUUUCCCCAUGGACUUCCACUCAUGUCCCCUGAAGUUUGGCAGCUAUGCCUAUACGAUGUCAGAGGUGACUUACGUCUGGACCAGUAAGCCCGCCGACUCUGUGGUGGUGGAAGGCGAGAGCUCCCGUUUGAACCAGUACGACCUGCUCGGCCAAACAGUGGGCCAAGAAACCAUCAAGUCCAGCACAGGCGAAUACACUGUCAUGACGGCACAUUUCCAUUUGAAGCGGAAGAUUGGUUACUUUGUGAUACAGACCUAUCUACCAUGCAUCAUGACUGUCAUCCUCUCCCAAGUGUCCUUCUGGCUGAACAGAGAGUCCGUGCCAGCUAGGACUGUGUUUGGUGUAACCACUGUGCUGACAAUGACCACCCUGAGUAUAAGUGCUCGUAACUCCCUCCCCAAGGUGGCAUACGCCACGGCCAUGGACUGGUUCAUCGCUGUCUGCUACGCCUUUGUCUUCUCCGCCCUCAUUGAGUUUGCCACCGUCAACUACUUCACAAAGCGCGGCUGGGCCUGGGAUGGGAAGAGCAUUGUGAAUGACAAGAAAAAAGAGAAGGCCUCCGCCAUGAAGAAGAACAAUGCGUACGCCGUGGCGGUGGCCAACUAUGCACCCAACAUCACCAAAGACUCUGGGUUGUCCACCAUCGCCAAGGGCGGCGCUCCUGACCCCAACAUGGCGGUUGGCAAGGUGGGUGGCAAGGCAGACCCAAAGAAGACUUUCAACAGUGUGAGCAAAAUCGAUAGGAUUUCGAGGAUUAUGUUCCCGGUCCUGUUUAGCAGCUUCAACUUAGUCUAUUGGGCCACAUACUUAAACAGAGAACCUUAUAUAAAGGAUAUGGUGCGCUCAACCUAGAGGCCUCUCCCUCCUGCAUUGUAAUAUAUCCGAAUUACGGGACUAAAAGACUUAGCAAAUACGACUAG